AGUAGCCGACGCCAUACGUCACGUGUAUGGUGUGGCGUAAACAGUCAUUCACGAGCUACUCUGUAGCUGCUUGAUUCCGAAACGUUUACUUGUUUAUUCCUUUUAAAAUGACAGAUACUUCAUUAAUGUAAGCGAAACAAUGGCAACUCCUGGGAUUCGCAUGUUCCGAAAGUUAGAGGGUUUGUUUUGUGUCUACAAACCGGCUGGUAUCCGGUGGAAGCUCGUGAGGGACACUAUCGAGACCAAGCUCCUAGAAGGUUUGAAUGCGUUGCCAUCGCUGCCUCUUCCUGUGCAAACCCGUUUUUUGGCACCAUCGGGCGAUGACACCGUGACGCAAAAGGGGCUAACAGUUGUCAGCGUCCCGGUCCUGUUCAAUCAUCCUCUGGUGACUGGGCCAGAAUUUCAGCAGAUCCGUGUUGGAGUUGGACAUCGUUUGGAUACAUUUUCCUCUGGUGUAAUGGUUCUUGGUGUUGGGAAUGGAAACAAGGCUCUGAAUGACCUCUACUACACAAAAGUAACAAGGGACUAUACGUUGGAGUGCGAGCUUGGUACUGCGACACAUGAUUUCUCCCACAAGGGACGGGUUGUGGAAAGAUCCACCUAUGAUCAUAUUACUGAAGAUAAGCUGGAAAGAGUUUUGGCAAUGCUGCAGGGAGCAAAUCAAAAGGCUUUGUUAACGUAUGCCAAUGUAGACAUGCAGUCACAGGAAGCCUACGAGAUGGCUGUGCAAGGUUCACUGGGUCCAGAGGGGAAGUCGCCACCUAUUUUGACGGGCCUGAGGUGCAUUCGCUUCCAGCCGCCCAACUUCACUCUGGAGGUACGGUGCUUGAAUGAAACGCAGAAAUACCUGCGCAAAGUGGUACACGAGAUUGGCCUGGAACUGCGAAGCACGGCUAUUUGUAAGGGAGUUCGACGCACGAGAGACGGCUCCUUCACACUGCAGGAUGCCCUUACUCGGAACCAGUGGACACCCAUUGAGGUCAUGCGUGCAGUCCGAGAAAACCACUCUGCUAAAAAAAACAGACCAUCCCAUCCACCUAGGACUGUGAUUACAAACAAAAGUGAACAAAAGCACGCGGACAGAGAAGAAGUACAUUCAAGUGAAGGAACAUGAAGCUCUAACCACUUGAGUCCACUGUGAGCCAGAAAUAAGCACUGUGCUGCAUUAAGAUGUGGCGAAAACUUCAUAGCCUCAAGAUAAGAAUCUGAUGUGAGAGGCAGUGUUAACAUUUGCCUGUUAUAAACACUUCCUUUUGAUGACAUCAUUGCAUACCUGCAAGGAACAUGAUGUCCAAAGUGAGAACAAUGCUGACUUGUCAGUCAGGAACAAUGCUCAACAACAAGAACAAGUAGUUUUUUUUUUGUUUGUUUGGAUUUUUCACAAUUUUUAAUCAAGAUAUGUUUCGUCACACAAUUAAAUGAGGAAAAAUAAAAUGCCAUCCAAUUUA